UUUAUAACCUACGACUACGUGCGAUAUACUUCAAUGCUGCGUAUACGGCUCUAGGCGAAUAUUAUACAAACAAUUUAAUUGAUAUAAAGUGCUCUGUUUAUUGCUUUUAUCAACUUGUAACUUGUAAGACACUGAUUGAGAACACCAAUGCCGUAAAGCAAUGCUCAAACGGGGUCGAAAAUUCGUUCUUGAGCAAUCGAACCAAUCCAGGAAGCUUAUUCCACCCCCGACAGUUGCGGUAAACACAACUUCUCCGUAAUUUCUAUCGCAUUUUCUCAACCUUAAAGCCUUAGAGCUGAGCAGUUUAUAACUUUUAUUGCGAUUCAUUAUCAUUCUUUCCCUCCUUAAUUGCUGCUAAAUGACUGCAGCAUUCAAUGACCAUAUCCCACUUUCCUGUGGCGCACUUAAGUGUUGAUCCUUAGAAAUCUAUCAUUCGUACGUCCGUCUACUCUACCGUAUACACUUACUGCUCAAGAAUCGAACAACGUUGCGAUCAUGAGGCUCUCGGAUUUGAAGGCAUUGUUCGUCGUGGUUAUUCUAUUAAAUUCUAUCAUUCUCUCAAAUGGAAACUGGAUGUAUAUGUCGAAGGUGUACGCACUUGGCGCAAAAGUCAUGUGCAACAACGUAGUCGGCUUGGUCGGUACACAGCGAACGCUUUGCCGAGAAAAUCCCGAAGUAAUGACGAGCAUCGGCAAAGGAGCGAAACUUGGCUUGGAACAGUGUCAGAAGCAGUUCAGCCAGGAUCGUUGGAAUUGUUCGACGUUCGAACAAGAUACGUCUGUCUUUGGAAAGCUCAUGCGAAGAUCCAAUAAGGAGACGGCGUUUGUGCAUGCAAUAACCUCGGCAGGUGUCGUGUACGAAGUAACCCGUGCUUGCAGCCGAGGAGAGCUGAGAGAAUGCAAUUGCGACAGGAAGAAUGAGAAGACAAGUGAAAACGAUGGAUUUCAGUGGGGAGGAUGCAGCGAGAAUGUUGGUUACGGAAUCCAGUUUGCCCGCACGUUUAUUGACUCUCGUGAAACCCAGCAAGAUCCACCCGCGCUUAUGAAUCUACACAACAACAAAGUCGGACGAAAGGCAGUUCGACGUUUAAUGGAACUCCAGUGUAAAUGCCACGGAGUAUCUGGUUCUUGCGCCGUGAAAAGUUGUUGGAAACAAAUGAUGCCCUUUGAAACAGUCGGAAAUUUGUUGCGUCGAAAGUAUUUGAACGCCAUCAAAGUUACUGUCGACCAAGCUGGAAAAUCUUUAUCGAAAGUCAACAAAAGGAAGAAACCCUCCGGGGAGGCGAUGGUCUUUUUGGAGAAUUCGCCGGACUACUGCAGGAAAGACGAUGCGACGGGAUCGCCUGGAACAGGAGGGCGUGAAUGCAACAAAACAAGGGACGGUGUCGGGAGCUGUGCCGCUCUAUGCUGUGGACGAGGUUUCGAUACAAUUGAAAUGGAUGAUGAGAGCAAAUGCGAUUGUCAGUUUCAUUGGUGCUGCUACGUUAAGUGUAAAGACUGUCAUUAUAAGGUGGACAAAAACUUUUGCAAGGCGCCGCCCAAAGCAGAAUCAUCAAGGCCACGGCCGCGCGGAAAACGUGACGGGCGGAGGAGAUUUGAAAUACAAAAUAAUGUUCUGAAAAAUCACGUUGUUAUAUGAUAUCUCUUGUCCUUAUAAUGACUACAACUAGACGUAGUCCAGGUAACAUUCUAAGCCUAAUCGAGAAAACAUCCGUUUUCGUAUAUGGAUUACAGAACAUUUUAAGCUUAUAUACAGUCCACAUAAAAUAUUCCACAGCUUUUCAUUUUUAUAUAUCAACUGAAACAUGUUAUAUAAAUCAGUUGCAUGUUCAAUAAAGAGCAUUAGAUUCGAUCAAUAGUAAUAUACAGUAGGAGGCAAAAGUUUGAGUCCAGUGACUGUAUUUCUUUGUUUCAGCAGCAUAUAUUAAUAUUCUACA